GGCAGGUCAUGUGACGCGGAGCGAGAAACGUCGAGUGCGGGAUGGAGGCGGUUCUGGAGCAGCAGCUGCGGGAAACGAUGAAGAACCCUGCGAUUAUAGGAGUCCUCUGCGCUGAUGAACAAGGUCUUAACCUGGGCUGUCGUGGGUCACUGAUCGAUGAACAUGCGGGUGUAGUUUCUGUUCUCGCACAACAAGCAGCAAAACUGACUACAGACCCAACAGAUGUGCCUGUGAUUUGCCUGGAGUCGGAUAAUGGGAAUAUCAUGAUACGGAAACAUGGAAGCAUCACCAUCGCUGUGCACAAGAUGACGGUCUGAGCCAGACCGAAGAGGUGGAAUUUGAUCAUUUGAAGCACAGCUUUGCUACCAUAGUCCCUGCUAUGGGAUGUGCAGAUCCUUGUUUUAAGCCCUCAAAAGGCAGCUUCUGACCUGGACUUGUGUCUGGGUACCAGUUCAUUGACACUGUAGGGUGGAGCAUGGGGGUGCGGUGAAAAGAGAAAUUAUUUGAUCUUUCAGUGGAUUAAGUUUGGAAUUAAAUGCAAACUCAGCAAAUGUGUACAAUUUUCAUUAUUUUUUCACUCACUCCUGAAUUGGGAGGGGUGAUAUUUCUACUCCUGGAGCCCUUGUAUGAUUUGUAAUAAUUGUGUCAAACCAGCAGUGACUUUAACCCCAAAUCCAGAAGCCACUCCUAAUUUAGGUUUAGGCAAGUAACUGUGAGUGAGAUGGGGUUGGUGGAACAUUUGGGUAAAGGGAUGGGUUGUAUUUAAUUGGCAGGGGGGGAGUUUGGGAGGAAGCUCAUGCUGGUACUGGAAAAAUCCCCACAAGGAUAGAGAUGUUGGAUUCUUCCCAUUUCAUGUAACCUUGAGUGAGACUAGUGUGGCAUUUUUCAUGACAAUUUCAGUGCCUAUGAAGAAGCAACAAAAUUCCAACAGGACAUUUCCUUUUAAUCAAGCCACAGUGUAAAUAUUUUGAUGUUUGCCUGUACAUACAUUUUCAUCAUAUUAUUCAAUGUUAUUUUAAACUUUGAAGACUACGACAAACAUUCAUGAUCAAAUACAGUUCACAGGUUUGUUUUUGGAGACAUUGUACCUAUUUAGAGUUCUAUGGGAGAAUUUGAGUAAAGUUGAAUUUCCAUAAGUGGCAUCUUCUAUAACCUGGGUGGCCCCUGUACCUGUUGAAAUGCCUUUUAAACAUUGUAAUUAUAUCAGCUUCUACCACCACCUCUCAGCUUGUUCCAUAUAACCACCACCCUAUAUGUAAAAAUAAAAACCUGCCCCUUAGAUCUCCUUUAAAUUUCUCUCACUCGCCUUAAACCUAUACCCUCUAGUUUUAGAUUCUCCACCCUGGGACCAAGAUGCUGACUAUCUGCCCUAUCUCUGCCCCUUAUAAUUUGAUAAACCUCUGAAAUCACCCCUCAGCCUCCCAUGCUCCAGUGAUAAUAAUCCCAGCCUAUCCAAUCUGUCCUUGAAACCAAAGCCCUCCACUAUAGGCAAUAUCUCAUGAAUCUCUUCUGCACUCUUCCUAAUGCUACCAGAUGCUUCCUGCAGUGUGUUGAUCAGAACUGUACACAAUAGUCCACUUCUGGCCUAACUAAUGUUUUGUACAAUUAUUGGAACCAUGUCACUAUGGUAAUGGUUUUGUUUGUAUUAUAUUAAAAAACUUGAUUAAAAAUGUAAAAACCUUUCCCCUGUUCUGUAGAUCAAAUUUGCAUUUUUCAAAUUAAAUAAAUAAGGACUGUGAUU